AUGACACCAGCAUCCUCGCGACUUACAGACAGACGCGGGUGGGGCGCGCGCCUCAACACCACGACUUUCCGAACCACCACCCGUCCGCGUCUGUCGUCGUCAUCAUCAUCAUCAUCUUCUUCUUCUUCUGCCUCCGACACACCGCUCCGCUCCGUGCAUCGACCGACGCCGCCGCGGCCACAGGCCACGCACCAGCAUGAGCAGCCUCGGCAGCCUCGGCCGCCCUCGCCGCCUCUCGUCCGCGCCGGCAGACGCCGCCACGGCCCGGGCAUCCUCCUGCUGGCCCUGAUCCCCGCGACCGCCUUCGCCCUCGGCACCUGGCAGGUCCAGCGGCUCUCGUGGAAGACGGACCUCGUGGCCAGGCUCGAGGACCGCCUUGCGCGCGACCCGCUGCCGCUGCCGCCGUCCGUCGACCCCUCCGCCCUGCACGACUUCGACUACCGCCGCGUCCGCGUGACCGGCACCUUCCGCCACGACCAGGAGAUGCUCGUCGGGCCCCGGACGCGCGACGGCAAGGACGGCUACAUGGUCGUCACGCCGCUCGAGCGCGACGCCGCCUCCACCAUCCUCGUCAACAGGGGCUGGAUCGACAGGGCGCACCGCCUCCAGGCCUCCCGCCCCGACGGCCUGCCCGCCGGCCGCGUCACCGUCCAGGGGCUCCUGCGCGAGCUCUGGAAGAAGAACCUCUUCACGCCCGACAACCGCCCCGAAAGGCGCCAGUUCUACUUCCCCGACGUCGAGCAGAUGGCUGGCCUGACGGGCAGCCAGCCCGUCUGGGUCGAGGUCACCAUGGAACCCGACUACAUACGAAUGGCCGACCACGAGGCGAGGGGCAUCCCCUACGGACGCCCGGCAGAAGUCAAUCUGAGAAACAACCACGCCCAGUACAUCUUCACCUGGUACGGCCUGUCCUUUGCCACAGCAAUCAUGUUGUACAUGGUUCUCAAAAGGCCAUCGUCCACCAUUACACGCCGUCUUCAGGCCGCCAAAGGACUGUAA